CCGACAUCGCGUGAGUUCAAGCAUUGGUUAGUUGGCAACAUUCCCGGUAAUGAUGUGGCUAAAGGUGAAAUGUUGAGUGCAUAUGUAGGAUCAGGGCCGCCGCAGGGCACAGGUCUACAUCGCUAUGUGUUUCUAUUGUAUAAACAACAGACUAAACUAGAAUUCCGCGAAGAACGAGUUAGCAACACCAGUCGCAAUGGACGUCCGAAAUUCCGUGCGGCUGCUUUCGCUGAAAAGUAUUAUCUCGGAGAGCCUGUCGCCGGAAAUUUCUAUCAGGCCCAAUGGGAUGAAUAUGUGCCGACUGUACAUAAACAAUUAUCCGGCAAUUAACUGUAAGGUUCAAAUCUAAUCUGCAAAUUUUUUAGUAAAAAUAUACCUUUUUAACUGC